UCGAGCUCGACACCGAGCAGGAGCACGCGAGCAGGAGGGGGAUUUCCAGCUCGAGCCCCCACUUCCCGAAUCAGCCCUUGUUUUGCUUUCGGUCUGGACACAGAAACAGAAAAAAACGACGAAUACACUUUCAUUUUUCCACUUAAAAACACAAAUAGUUGGAGUUGUCCAAGUUGAGCGGUGUGUCUUUAUUCUGCCCUCGGGACCGUGAAGCUACAGGCUGAACCAAACUGAGCAGGUAACAGUUUAUUUCCGCAUAUUAACAGUGUUGACUUGACCAGACUUCUCCGCAGGACGACAUGACGGCUCCAGGGCUGGCUGGUUCUAUCGCAAUGCCAGUAGAGAGAAUGAGGAUGAGGCCAUGGUUAGAAGAACAGAUCGAGUCCUGUCAGAUACCAGGACUCAAAUGGGUUAACAAAGAGAAGAGAAUCUUCCAGAUCCCGUGGAUGCAUGCUGCACGUCAUGGAUGGGACCUGGAGAAAGAUGCUCCGCUGUUCAUGAGAUGGGCUAUUCAUACAGGUAAAUACCAGCCAGGCAUCGACCGUCCAGAUCCGAAGACGUGGAAGGCUAAUUUCCGUUGUGCCAUGAACAGCCUACCAGACAUCGAGGAGGUGAAGGAUAAGAGCAUCAAAAAAGGAACAAAUGCCUUCAGAGUCUACAAGAUGCUCUCAUCCUCAGAGAGGGUGAAGAAAGGGAAGAAGAAGGAGGGGAGACGAAGCAAAGAGAUGUCCUCAGACAGGACUCCCUCUGAAGACGGGCCUAUUGAUUACACCAAACUGGAUCCUCACUGGAUCAAGCAGGAAGUAGUAGAAGUUACAGUGGACAGUGAUUCAGUCAUUCACAGUUCAGUAGACGAUAACAUGAUCACGAGUGAGCAGCUGCCAUUCGUCUGUCAGACAGUCGAAGUGACCACAGAGAACGAAGAGCAGACGGUCAGCUCCUCCCACUCGUACCCACUUCAGAUCUCUCCUGUGUCUUCAGGCUGUGACAGCGACACAGACAGUGACACAGAAGACACCAAAGAAGGCAUUGGUGCAGUCUGGAGGCAGGACUACAGCACAUCCGUUCUCAGGGUUCCCACAUGUUCUCUUCCCGGCAUGGCCACAUUCGUCAGCACAGGAAAACCCAACUUCAGGGUCACCAGUACGCGAGACCCUUCGCCCCUCAUCAGCUACCACCCUGACAGCUGGACGCCGGUUUACACGCAGAACUCUCUCAACUCUCCUUCAGCGAGCAACACCCAUGAGAUGCGCGCCAGUGUCAUUAUGAAAACCUCAGAUGUCACAUCCUCCUGACCUUUGAUCGCCAACAAGGAAGUGCUUUGCAGUGCUUCCAAGGCACAGGAAUAAAACGGGGACUACAGAGGGUGACACUGAUUUUAAUGUAUCUUCUGUCUGCUUCAUGAAUUCUCUUCUAUUUUACCUCUCAAUUGAAGAAACUGGUGUUAAUGAAAUGCACCAAGUCUGAGCCUCAGCUCAUCGUGCCCAUUAAUUGGUCAGCACUAAUGACCACCCCUUUUCCACCAAAGCAGUUCCAGGGCUGGUUCAGAACUGGUGCAUUAUCUUAGACCAGUUCUAUGGUUUAAGGGUCCAGAUGAAGCCAUGCGUAAUAACUGUUUUGUGCGUGUCACAGAAUUAUAUAGAUAACGUGUCCAGAAAUCUAUAGCUAGACUUUUUUGGGUUUGGCAGGGGCAGGGCUAUUGUGACCAGCAAAAUAAGUUAAAACUUUGCGACUGCCAAAGGAAGAGAGUCAAGUCAAACAAACUCCUAGCGCUAAAACAUGUUACCUACCAUACAUUUGAAAAACAUUUGCCGAGUUCACGCUUCUCUUUGUGCGGUACCAUGAACACUCGCAAAGCACACUGGCUACUGAUACGGAGGCUAAUGGGACAGCAUGUUAAUACAACAAAUACACUGAUAAAUUGACCGCAGUUUUUAAGUUUAAACAACUACACUCUUGGCUAGAAAAAACUUGUAAAACAACAUUCCAUGCCCCCCCUCAAAAAACAAAAACAAAAAAAAAAAA